AUGGACGUCGAAAUGGAAACUUCGCCUGGCUACUUCCGGCCGGAAGAUCUCACCAUCAGAGAAAAGUUUCGUCGCUACGGUAAAAGGCACUCGAUAUCUAGCCCAAGUCAAGACAGUACGAAUUCAAAGUUCAAGGACUCAAGACUACUGUAUGAUGGGCAAAACAUACACAGUCCCACAAAUGCUGUGCUUCUGCUAGAGGAUAUUAAACAAGAGGCUGAUGGUUUGGGCUCUGAUCACUUUGAUGCCACACCUGGGAAGGUGCAAGCUUCGGGUAAAAGGAGGAUGGCGAUUGAUGGAUUUUCAGAGAGUGAUCUCAUUGUUGAUCCAGAACUCCAGACUGGAACUAAAUCGCUCAAAGCAUGCAAAAUGGAGGAAGAAUCAGCUGACAGCGGAGAAGCAGUGUUUGGUCUAUUCGCAUCUCUUCUGGAUUCUGCUAUUCAAGGCUUGAUGCCAAUUCCAGAUUUGAUUUUGAGAUUUGAGAGAUCAUGUCGUAGUGUAUCGGAAGAUAUAAGGUCCCAGUCAAACAUAAGGCAUCGAGUUCUAGAGGACAAAUUAAUGCGGCAGAAGGUUCAGCUCCUGCUGGAUGAGGCUGGCACCUGGUCUCUUCUGUGGUACCUCUAUGGGAAAUCGACAGAAGAACCUACUGAAGACCUGCUUGUGUCUCCAUCAACGUCACAUGUAGAGGCGUGCCAGUUUGUUGUAAAUGACCAUACAGCACAACUUUGCCUCCGUAUCAUUGAGUGGCUGGAGGGCUUAGCCUCUAAAUCCCUAGAUCUUGAAAGCAAGGUACGUGAACCUCGUGUUGGUACAUAUCUUCCUAAUUCUGGAAUUUGGCACAAUACGCAACGAUUGCUGAAGAAAGGUGCAUCCACUGUAAAUACUGUUCAUCACUUGGACUUUGAUGCUCCAACUCGUGAACAUGCUCACCUGCUACCAGAUGAUCAGAAACAAGAGGAAUGUCUUUUGGAGGAUGUGUGGACAUUGUUAAGGGCUGGAAGAGUAGAAGAGGCAUGUGAUCUUUGCCGCUCUGCUGGGCAGUCAUGGAGAGCUGCAAGUUUAAGUCCUUUUGGAGGAUUGAACAUGGUUCCUUCUAUCGAGGCGCUUAUGAAGAAUGGAAAAAGUAGAACCCUCCAAGCCAUUGAGCUUGAAAGUGGCAUUGGUCAUCAAUGGCGUCUUUGGAAAUGGGCUGCAUAUUGUGCAUCAGAGAAAAUUGCAGAGCAGAAUGGCGGGAAAUAUGAAGCAGGUGUGUAUGCAGCACAGUGUAGCAACUUAAAACGGAUGCUUCCAAUUUGUACUGACUGGGAGUCAGCUUGCUGGGCAAUGGCCAAGUCGUGGCUUGAUGUUCAGGUUGAUCUAGAGCUAUCUGGCUUACAAACUGGAAGGUUCGAGCAGCUUAAGAGUCAUGGAGAUAGUACUGAGGGCAGUCCUGUCCAAAAUGACAAUGGCCCUCAUGGUUCAGGUGGACCACAUAGCUGGCCACUACAGGUCAAGAAUCAGCAACCAAGGAAUCUUUCAGCUCUUCUUCAAAAACUCCAUUCCGGGGAACUGGUCAAUGAAGCUGUUAUUAGAGGGUGCAAGGAGCAGCAGCGGCAAAUUCAGAUGAAUAUGAUGUUGGGGAAUAUUCCACACCUACUUGACAUGAUAUGGUCGUGGAUAGCACCUUCUGAAGAUGAUGAGAAUGUCUUCAGGCCUCAUGGUGAUCCUCAGUUGAUACGGUUUGGUGCUCACCUAGUACUUGUGCUUAGGUUUUUACUUGCUGAGGAAAUGAAGGAUUCCUUUAGAGAGAAGCUAAUGAACGCUGGUGAUCUCAUUCUACACAUGUAUGUCAUGUUUCUAUUCUCCAAGCAACAUGAGGAGUUGGUGGGCAUUUAUGCUUCUCAGCUUGCACGUCAUCGUUGCAUUGACCUCUUUGUGCACAUGAUGGAACUAAGGAUUACCAGCAGUGUGCAUGUGAAGUACAAGCUUUUUCUUGCUGCUAUGGAGUACCUGCAAUUUUCUCCAUUAGAUGAUUCCAAAGGUAGCUUUGAAGAGAUUAUAGAAAGGAUUCUUUCAAGAUCUCGUGAAAUCAAAGUUGGAAAGUAUGAAAAGUCAGCAGAAGUGGCAGAGCAGCACAGGAUACAGAGCCUCCAAAAAGCUACGGUUAUCCAAUGGCUGUGCUUUUCUCCCCCAUCAACUAUUACCAAUGUCGAAGACAUUGGUGGAAAACUUCUUAUGCGGGCAUUGAUACACAGCAACAUGCUCUUCAGGGAAUUUGCUUUGAUUUCUAUGUGGAGAGUACCAGCAAUGCCAAUAGGUGCACAUGCAUUGCUUAGUUUACUUGCUGAGCCUCUAAAGCGCCUUUCUGAAUUUCCAGCCGACUUUGAGAACAUUUCUGAGAACCUAAAAGAGUUCAACGACUGGAGUGAGUACUAUUCAUGUGACGCAACAUAUCGUAAAUGGCUUAAAGUUGAACUCGAAAAUGCGGAGGUAUCUACCACCGAGCUUUCUAUGGAAGAAAAACAUAAAGCUACUUCAGCAGCCAGAGAGGCGCUUGAUUGUUCUCUGUCUCUACUACUAAGAAAAGAAAAUCCUUGGCUAGCUUUUAUAGAAGAUCAUGCAUUUGAAUCAGAAACUCAUCUGUACCUCGAGUUGCAUGCCACUGCAAUGCUCUGCCUACCUUCAGGUGAAUGUAUGUGCCCAGAUGCUACCGUUUGCACUGCAUUGAUGAGUGCUCUUUACUCUUCUGUGGGUGAGGAGGUUGUGCUUCAUCGUCAAUUAAUGGUAAAUGUUUCCAUCUCGGGGAGGGACAAUUAUUAUAUUGAGGUUAUUCUGCGGUGUUUGGCCGUCGAGGGCGAUGGACUUGGACCACUCCAGGCUAAUGAUGGUGGUGUUCUAGCUACUGUUAUGGCAGCUGGUUUCAAAGGGGAGCUUAGCCGGUUUCAACCUGGAGUUACAAUGGAAAUAUCCAGAUUAGAUGCUUGGUACUCAGAUGCAGGAGGUACCUUGGAAGGCCCUGCAUCUUACAUCGUGCAGGGACUUUGCCGCCGGUGCUGUCUGCCGGAACUAAUUCUUCGAUGUAUGGAGGUUUCGGUCUCUCUAAUGGAAUCCGGUAACCCACCUGAGAGCCAUGACGAGUUGAUUGAGCUUGUCUCCUCUGAGGAAACUGGGUUCGUCCAUCUCUUCAGUCAGCAACAGUUGCAGGAAUUUCUGUUGUUCGAGAGGGAAUACAACAUCGGCCAAAUGGAGCUGCAGGAGGAACUCUCAUCUUGA